CACUAUUUAAAAAGAUAUUUUCAAUUUUUAGCAAAUGCAGAAUCUUCCAGCUCCUGUAAAACGCAGAAUUAAAGCUUUGAAACAAUUACAAUUAGUUACAACUAAUAUUGAAGCAAAAUUUUAUGAAGAAGUUCAUGCCUUGGAAUGUGCUUAUUAUAAAAUGUGUGCUCCUCUUUAUGAAAAAAGAAGUGAAAUAGUAUCUGGUGUUUAUGAGCCAACAGAUGAACAAUGUGUAUGGGAGAGUGAUGAUGAUGAAGAAGGAUUAACUAAUGAUUUAAAAACAAAAGUGAAUCUCGAAGAUGAUAAAGAACAGAAAAAAGAAGAAGUUGAAAAUGAAGAUAUUAAAGGCAUCCCAGAUUUUUGGCUUACAAUAUUUAAAAAUGUUGAAACAUUAGCUGAUAUGGUUCAGGAACAUGAUGAAGCAAUACUCAAACACUUAUAUGAUAUUAGAGUGAUAUUUCUUGAUAAUCCAAUGGGUUUUGUUCUUGAAUUCCAUUUUGCGCCAAAUGAAUACUUUUCUAAUUCAGUUUUAACAAAGGAAUACAUUAUGAAGUGUACCCCUGAUAAAAAUGAUCCUUUUAGUUUUGAAGGACCUGAAAUAUAUAAAUGUAAGGGAUGCGUAAUUGAUUGGAAGAAAGGAAAGAAUGUUACAGUAAAAACUAUAAAAAAAAAUCAGAAACAUAAGUCUCGAGGGUCCAUAAGAACAGUAACAAAAACUGUUCAGAACGAUUCUUUUUUCAAUUUUUUCAGUCCACCAAUUGUGCCAGAAGAUUCUGAAGCAGAAUUAGAUGAUGAAACUCAAGCUUUACUAUCCAGUGAUUUUGAAAUUGGUCAUUAUAUUAGGGAACGUAUAGUUCCUAGAGCUGUAUUGUAUUAUACAGGAGAAGGUUUAGAAGAUGAAGAUGAAGAUUACGAAGAAGAAGAAGGUGAUGAGGAUGACCCUGAGGAAGAAGAUGAAGACGAUGAGGAGUCUUCUCCAAAUAAUGCACCACCAGGUGGGAAACAACAGGGAACAGAUCCUAAUGACUGUAAACAACAGUAGAAUUACAUACAGAUUAAACUAAGAAAAAAAAUGUCCGUGCGUACAGUAAGCGACAACAUACAUACACAAACACUAACGAAACUUGACCGAUAACUGCCUAGAUAUCCUGCACCAGUGGCUCCAACGUAAUCCUGUUUGUAUCAAUCAUCUAAUCAUAUCAUAUCUCCUAUUCCAGAUCAAGCCUAGACUCUUCGACAUACCGGUGAAAAAAAAUUAUGCGUAUCCUCCCUUUAUCCAACGUUGACGAUGAAUAGAAAAUAUGGCUUAUUAACAGCCUAAGAUUUAAUGUCAUAUAAGUAUAAAUGAAUUGCGCUCUCCGCUCCACGUAAUCAUUGUCAUUUUUAAUUGCUUCAUUUUAUACUAUUGUUACGUUUAUAUACAAACAAGAAAGUUAGUUGAAUUUUUUUUUAAAACGCACGUUGACCUAUGAAGAAAUUUUUGGGUACUGUUAAAGCAUUUUUAAUACAAAAAUUGAAAAAAAGCAAACAGC